AGCUUAUGUGUCUGCCCUUCAGUACAAUCCUGAUUUGUACUGUGUUCGCAGUGACCUGGGGAACCUGCUCAAAGCCCUGGGUCGCUUGGAAGAAGCCAAGGUAGGUGUUCAUUAGAACGCAUUUAAACAUCAGCGUUUUGAAAACUUGUACUCUUUGCCAAGUCUUCCAAUCUUCAUUGAGCUAUCUUCACAAACAGUCCUGAGAAACUGAGGAAAACUGACAGCAUGAAUCGCCUGAGCCUAGAGCAAGGCCAGGCUUUGGCACCCCUGCUCUAAAUCUGGGGGUAAAGCAAGGACCUGAACAUUGUGGAGCCCUUCUACUGAGCUAGAUUCCACCCCCCCCACCCCCCCACCCCCGAUAUCGUUGGGCUCCAGCAGGAUCUUAUCUGGGAGUAAAUAACAUUCCUUCGUAUCUGAGGCUUGCUGCUCUUCUAAGUCCUUUGUGGCUUGUAAGUGGAGAAGAAAGUCAUCAAAAUGUUACCCUGUAAUACUGGCAUUUAAAUUUCUUAUUCUUUAACCUUCCUCCCCUCAUCUCCCCCAUCCUCCCCACCCCCCACCCUUUUUACAGUGGAAGAAAGGCUGCUAAAUGAUCACAAAUUUAAUAAUUGGAGCUUCCCCCCUCCCCCCCAUCCCCUCCCCACUUCCUCCUGUCAUUGUACCUCCCCACCUCUUUACAGUUCUUCUCUUCCCCUUCCCUGUAGUCUCCUUAGUCUUCUCAUUCCCUUCUUUAUUUCCUUCUCUUUCCCUGCCUUACUCCCUUUAAAAAAUAUCAAAGGGCAGAAGGACAAAGCUGGUUUGUCUGGGAAAUGGACUGAUCGAAAGAAAACUUGCUAAAGUGGAAAGGUGGCUUUUAGCAGUCUUUGUUUCCAAAUGAUGAGAAUUUGAAUACCAGGUUGGGUUUUAAAGCUUUUGGCAUAAUUUAAAACAUAAAUUACAAAAUGAAAUUGUCUUGUUACAAGCCACCUUACGCAAUCGCGCUGCAGGGGUGAGGAGUGGGGAGAAACCAGAGAGCCUCUGAAACUCCCACCUGUUGCUCUGAGCCCCACGCGCAUGCUGAUGCGUGGAGUGUAUGCGCAGCGUAGCUGUCUGUUUGAUCACCUCAUUGUAGGGAGAGCGAAAGGCUUUUCGGCACCAUCUGAUGGUAAAAAGCACUGAUUUUUUUUUUUUUUUUUUUAAAAAGUGCAGAGUUCAUAAAUUCAUUAUACUGGCCAUUUGGAUUAACCAACAUAGGUUUCCACCCUAUGAAUUCCAUCUGAUUGAUUAAAAACGAGCUGAAAAGAUGCCUCGUUGGCGAUUUCUGUAGGAAAUCUUCCAGCCCCUGUUCAUUUUCAUCCCACCAAGCGGACAGCUAACACGAAUUGCACUUCACUGCAGCUUUAGAGACCGGUUUAGGCUGAGACACUGCGCCUGCCUUAGGUUGCUGACUUCUUUAUUUCAGAGCUCUGGAGACACCUAGUUUGAAAAGCGUUAUACUGUUUUUGUGAGAACUUAGUAAACAAGACAACUAUGGAGUGAAAUGCAAUGUAUUUCUUUUGUAAUCAGUGCAUUUGAAAAUUCAAGCCAGCAAAUUCUUAGUAGCUAGAAGCAAAUUUGUUUUACAGAAAUUUCAGAGCCUUUCUUCCAGCAAAGUCCCUGCUGUAUGCAAUAGUCCUGAUUAACCCUCUCCCUUCUGCAUGACUCCCAUGUUACAGACUGAGACUGUCCUCAUUCCCAUAUGUUAUAGACAUAUCCAAAGAAUUUCAAUUGCUUUGUUGAACUUUUACUAAUGAUCUUGUUUUAUUUUCUCUCUUGUUUUUGGUUUUUCACCAUUGAUAUUGUAUUUAGAAGGUUUCAGGUGGGUGAAACCUCCUAUUCCAUGCGUAAGGUGCCUCGCUGAAGGGAGCUCGAGGCCUGGAUCUAGGGCAGACACACACCUCCUCCUCCUCUUCCAGCAAGGAACGCACCGAAAAGUCACAUGAUGAGAAAUAUGGUAACGGGUUUGUAACUGCCACAGCAAAACAAUUUGCCUCCAUGCCUGAAUCUUCUGUCUUGUGGCUUCAGAAAAAGCUUAAAAACUAUUUUAUUUACAAGCAAGUAAUGUAAGAGAAUGUUUUAUACUUUAGCCACAAUUCUUUCAAAGAAGUAAAGUUAAAGUAAAUUAAACUAUUAAAAAUUAAUUGGAGAUAAUUUACUAGUAAAAGCUUCUAACUCUCCUUGUUGUUCAUUUUUUUUUCCUUUUUUCUUCUUUGUUUGGAUUGCAGCGUUCUGCUCUUCUGAUGACGCGCUGUGACCCUGCAGUAGCGCAAAGGCUGCGCAGCGUUAACCGCGCUAUGCGUGCGAAUGAACCCCUGUGAACGGUUGACUAGAUGAGUAAUCUGAUUGACUGGCUCCCUCAGUCCUAUUCUGUAGCCUUUUUGGACCAAAUUGGGUUUUAGCCUCAGCACUUUGAAUCGAGCUGAUCUCAUCACCAACAAACACUCAACGCGGGCCUGUCUAGUAGAUUAAUGGAUCUCGUUGGCCGUUUGCUGUGCCUAAGGGUGUUCUGCAGAGCGCAGCAGCAGUCGCAGCGAUGGCGCAGCGCAAUGCUGUUAGGAGGCGCUGGCGACGUUUGCGCUCGCAUUACAGGGACCUCAACCCAGGUGCGUUCCUGUCAUGUGAGGUUUCAGCUUUAGGCCCUGGUGGGUGUGGGCCAAGUCUAAGUAGAGCUUACGUGGCUGACUGGGGAAGAAAAUGUCUCAGUGAUUUGUAUAAGGGGAAUAGAGAAGGAAGUGUGUGCCCCUACUGCUCGAUUUUGGUUUUGUCGAAAGAGUCUUUAGUAUUGAGGAAAAUGGGUAUGGGUUUCGUUUGGUGACCCCAGAAGACGCUUUUCUAUCCAUAAUAAGCAGGCCCAGGUGUUAGGAUGAGAACUGAUGGCGAGUGAGAAGUCCAGCUCUAGACUGAGGCAGCUGGCUUUCCAGGCAUGUUACUUGAAAGCAAUUGAGACGCAACCAAACUUUGCAGUAGCUUGGAGUAAUCUUGGCUGUGUUUUUAAUGCCCAAGGGGAGAUUUGGCUCGCAAUUCAUCAUUUUGAAAAGGCUGUGACACUUGACCCCAAUUUUCUUGAUGCAUACAUCAAUUUGGGAAAUGUCCUGAAGGAGGCGCGUAUAUUUGACAGAGCUGUAGCAGCCUACCUUCGAGCCCUGAGCCUGAGCCCUAAUCAUGCAGUGGUGCAUGGCAACUUGGCGUGUGUAUACUAUGAACAAGGCCUCAUAGACCUUGCAAUAGAUACCUACAGGCGUGCUAUUGAGCUACAACCACAUUUUCCAGAUGCUUACUGCAACCUAGCCAACGCUUUGAAAGAGAAGGGCAGUGUUGCUGAGGCAGAGGACUGUUAUAAUACAGCUCUCCGUCUUUGCCCCACCCAUGCAGACUCCCUAAAUAACUUGGCCAACAUUAAACGAGAACAGGGGAAUAUUGAAGAAGCGGUGCGCCUGUAUCGAAAAGCCCUUGAAGUGUUCCCAGAGUUUGCUGCUGCCCAUUCAAAUUUAGCAAGUGUAUUACAACAGCAGGGGAAACUGCAGGAAGCCCUGAUGCAUUAUAAGGAGGCAAUUAGGAUCAGUCCUACCUUUGCUGAUGCUUAUUCCAACAUGGGAAACACUUUGAAGGAGAUGCAGGAUGUUCAGGGGGCGUUGCAGUGUUACACCCGGGCCAUCCAGAUCAACCCAGCCUUUGCUGACGCACACAGCAAUCUGGCCUCCAUUCACAAGGAUUCAGGUAACAUUCCAGAAGCAAUUGCUUCUUACCGAACAGCUCUGAAACUAAAGCCUGACUUUCCUGAUGCUUACUGUAACUUGGCCCACUGCCUGCAGAUUGUCUGUGACUGGACUGACUAUGAUGAACGGAUGAAGAAAUUAGUUAGUAUUGUAGCUGACCAGCUGGAGAAGAAUAGGUUACCUUCUGUGCACCCUCAUCACAGCAUGCUGUAUCCUCUUUCUCAUGGCUUUAGGAAGGCUAUUGCCGAGAGACAUGGGAACCUCUGCUUGGACAAGAUUAACGUCCUUCACAAGCCACCAUAUGAACAUCCAAAAGACUUGAAAGUCAGUGAAGGUCGACUUCGUGUAGGAUAUGUGAGUUCUGACUUUGGAAACCAUCCGACUUCCCAUCUCAUGCAGUCUAUUCCGGGGAUGCAUAACUCGGAUAAAUUUGAGGUGUUCUGUUACGCCCUUAGCCCAGAUGAUGGCACAAACUUUCGUGUGAAGGUGAUGGCGGAAGCAAAUCAUUUCAUUGACCUUUCUCAGAUUCCAUGUAAUGGGAAAGCAGCAGAUAGAAUUCAUCAGGAUGGGAUCCACAUCCUUGUGAAUAUGAACGGCUACACCAAGGGUGCACGCAAUGAACUCUUUGCUCUGAGACCAGCUCCUAUUCAGGCAAUGUGGCUGGGAUACCCUGGGACUAGUGGUGCACUUUUCAUGGAUUAUAUUAUCACAGAUCAGGAAACUUCUCCCGCCGAGGUUGCUGAGCAGUACUCGGAGAAAUUGGCUUAUAUGCCAAACACUUUCUUUAUUGGUGAUCAUGCCAACAUGUUUCCUCAUCUGAAGAAAAAAGCCGUCAUUGAUUUCAAAUCCAACGGUCACAUUUAUGACAACCGAAUUGUCCUGAAUGGUAUUGACCUCAAGGCAUUUCUUGAUAGUCUACCCGAUGUCAAAAUUGUGAAGAUGAAAUGCCCUGAUGGAGGAGACAGCACAGACGGUAGUGCGGCUCUCAGCAUGCCUGUUAUUCCCAUGAAUACGAUUGCAGAAGCUGUGAUUGAAAUGAUUAACAGAGGACAAAUUCAGAUAACGAUCAAUGGAUUCAAUAUUAGCAAUGGACUAGCAACCACUCAGAUUAACAACAAGGCUGCAACAGGAGAGGAGGUUCCCAGGACCAUCAUUGUUACCACUCGCUCUCAGUAUGGGUUACCAGAGGAUGCCAUUGUGUACUGUAACUUUAACCAAUUGUAUAAAAUUGACCCCUCCACCUUGCAGAUGUGGGCAAAUAUUCUGAAGCGGGUUCCCAAUAGCGUGCUGUGGCUGUUGCGUUUCCCAGCUGUAGGAGAACCCAAUAUUCAGCAGUAUGCACAGAACAUGGGCCUCCCCCAGAAUCGGAUCAUCUUUUCUCCAGUUGCUCCCAAGGAGGAGCAUGUGAGGCGAGGCCAGCUAGCUGAUGUCUGCCUAGAUACGCCACUCUGUAAUGGGCACACCACUGGCAUGGACGUGCUGUGGGCAGGUACCCCCAUGGUGACCAUGCCAGGAGAGACUCUUGCUUCUCGGGUUGCUGCUUCCCAGCUCACUUGCCUUGGUUGCCUUGAGCUUAUUGCAAAAAAUAGGCAAGAGUAUGAAGAUAUUGCUGUAAAACUGGGCACUGAUCUAGAAUAUCUGAAGAAAAUCCGUGGUAAAGUCUGGAAGCAGAGAAUAUCCAGCCCUCUCUUCAACACCAAACAGUACACAAUGGAACUCGAACGCCUUUACCUUCAAAUGUGGGAUCACUAUGCAGCUGGAAACAAACCAGACCACAUGAUUAAGCCGGUUGAGGCCACAGAGUCGGCAUAAGAGAUUCUGUACACAUAGGAGAAUUAUCCCAGGACGUGAGCCUCUCAAGCCUCUGUGCAAAGGGAAAGGGAGCUAGAGACCCCUGCAUUUCUACAUAUCUGCCCAAUGCCAUGUGACAUGCACAAUGGUAAUAAUAUCGCACACUAGGGAGAGACAGUAGAGAUGGGGAACUGCUGUCCCACAAGGAAUCUGCACACAGGUGUUGUGUAGGUAUGGAAGCCGUGAUUGAAUGGGAUGCUUGCUAGGGGAGAGAGAGAUUGCCCAGCCACUUGCAAUUCUAUGGAUUGAUUGAAUCUUCUUUGAAUUCUUUUUUCUUUAUUAUAUUGGGGAUUGGAGCUUUUAAAAAUGUUUAAUUUCAGGUAUUCCCAUUGGCGUGCGGGGUUCUCUUCCCAGGAUUUGGUUUUCAGCAAAAAUGUCGUUCCUUACUCCAUCAGUGACGUUUCAGCUUUUGAGCCAUAGAUUCAGAGGGCAUCUUUGCUGGUGUAGGCUUUUUAUAGGUUUUAUAAACCACUUGAGUCUAUGUCAGCCUUGUACUGUCUGACCUGGUGAUUGGAGCUGUUUGUGCUGUUGGUUUUGAUGAUGACUUUUUGUUCUGUAUUUUUGUUUCGUCCCCCCCGCCCCCGUCUUCUUCCACUUCUUGGUUUUUAUUUAAAACAAGCAAACAAGCAAACAAAAACCCCCUCCUCGGACUCGCCUAAUUGGCUUCUUUGGCAGGAAAACCAGACUUAGGCUAUCAUGCAAAUAUUCCCAAAGUGUUUAUUUUAAACAUACUGGUGCCAAAUGCCAAUUUUGCCGAAGUGAUUAGUAGUUAUGUAAAGGCACAGUCGUGGUACUGUUGCAGAGAAUAAAUCAUUUUUGUUUUCCAAGUUUUGCCCCGCCCUCCCAGCGUUUACUGUUGUCAGAAAGUGAUAGCGUGCACAACUUUUUGGCUCCAUUUGGAUGGUUUGGAUUUUUCUUGAAAUUUUCCUUGUUCUUCCUAUUUCUUGUAGCAGAAAUGAAAGCCCAGGUAAGUAUUCAGUCAUUUCAUUCAGUAAAUCAUGAUUACCUCCAAACAUUCAGUCAAUUUCAUUGAGAAACAGUGUCGUUUGAGAAGCUUUGCAGGCCUCCUGCAGAACGUUCAAAGGCAUUGCAUCCAAACAGUCUUUCCAUCUGGACCUUCAAGUAUGUGAUGUACAGCUUUUGCCUCAAUAGUGGCUUGACUGCAUUGCUGCUUGAAUUCCGAACAAGACCUCAGCCCUGCUGGUGCUGGAAUAGAAGUAUUCCCGAAUUUCAACAAAGGGCUUGAAGUUUGAAACAAGCCGACAUAUGAGUGUGUAUCAUGUCUAGCUGUUCUGUUCUUACUGCUGCUCGGUAAGAAGUAAGUAUUUGUCUGCUAGCAGUGCUGCUUGUAGGUGACCAUUUGUGGCUGAGGCCUGGGUUUGCUUCACCUAUUUAGUAGCAGCUGAGGCUGUGACUGGCUUCUAGCUGACAAAUUCUUGACGAGCCACUGUCAGACGCUUUGGGCUUCUGACAAAAGCUUACUUACCACCGAACAAAAUCUGAGCAGGAACCCUCAGAUGGAAUUCUGGAAGUAGAAUUCCUUAGGUAUGAACUGCUCCUUUCAGCAGUUUGGGAACUCCUUAAUUUAUUUUUCACCUUUUCCAACCAGUAAAGGACGUCAGAGCAUUUCCGUGAAUGACGUUUUCAGUUCACAGAUUGCCGAAAAUGGAUUAGAGUCAAAACUGUACCUUUCUGAUGCCCUCGAGGCUGUGAGCUCCAGCCAUUUCACAUAGCACAUCACUCCUGCAUUGGAGGAAUUUUUUUCCUGGUGUGGAAAGUUAUCUGCUGUGGUUGAAGCUUUGCUUAAUGUAACAAACAGGUUUUUGCUUCCAGGUAACGUGUCUGACGAAGACUUAAUUCUGAAUAGAAACAUAGGUAUUACUGGAAACUGAUUGUCUUUUUUAUUGUAUUCUGCUUUAUCAAAACCAGUAAAAUAUUUAAAUCAUGCUACAGAAAUACAAA